AAUUCAGGGGUGGGACACAGCCCCGAAAAUAACAUAUGUGAUCUGUUUGUUUCGAGGGAAAAAUGAGCCGAGAAAAUGGAAAAAGGGGGGAAAUUUUUGAUGGGUGGUAAAAUUUUUUGGAAUCAGAUUGGAUAAAGCGGAGAAUUAGAAGUGGCGCUGGCUGGUCCAUUUCUUCUCCCUGCGGGCAUUGGCUGCUACGGCUGCCCUAUCAUACGCUUUCUUCACUGCACUGCGCUUGAUGAUUCUGUAUACAAAUGGGAGGUGACUGAUGCCAAGCUUCUGCACCGGCUUGAUUUGACAGAUACUUCAAUUUCUCAAACUCUCGCGAUCUUCGUCUGUUGCACCGAAGUAUUCGAAGAGAGCUGGGGGUUAGUGUUACUGGGGUAGUGGUUAAGCUAUGGACUCUGCAAUUCAAGCUCCACCUUCUCCGCCUUCUUCUUCUGCAUUUCGUAGUCCAUGCCUCACCUCUGCUUCUCAGAACUGCAAAUUUCCGUUGCCAGCUUCCAGAGUAAUGUCUUCUUCUAAAAGAAUGCAUCGCUGCUUCAGGCUCCAUAUGGAUCCUUGUACUAAUUACAACAUCUCAAAAAAUCACGUAAUUUCCAGAUACUAUUCAGAAUGGCCAGAAUCACCAUCUAUGUUCUCUAAGCAAUCACCCAACAAGUAUUUUCUGCCUCUGAGAGCAUUGGUUGCGUCAAACACUCAAGAUAUUCUAGCUGCUCCUUUAAUUGGAGAUGACAAGGUCGGGGUGUUGUUGCUUAACCUUGGAGGUCCAGAGACUCUUGAUGACGUGCAGCCUUUCUUAUUUAACCUCUUUGCUGACCCGGAUAUAAUACGAUUGCCACGGUUGUUCCGUUCUCUCCAAAGACCAUUGGCACACUUUAUUUCUGUUCUAAGAUCGCCCAAGAGUAAAGAAGGCUAUGCCUCAAUUGGUGGUGGUUCUCCUCUGCGAAAGAUAACUGAUGCACAGGCUGAAGAGUUGAAGAAGGCCUUAUGGCAAAAAGAUGUUCCAGCCGAAGUGUAUGUUGGUAUGCGUUACUGGCAUCCAUUCACUGAAGAAGCAAUUGAACAGAUAAAAAAAGACGGGAUAACAAAGCUUGUCGUUCUUCCUCUUUAUCCUCAAUUUUCAAUAUCCACUAGUGGUUCAAGCCUUCGGCUCUUGGAGAGUAUCUUCCGGGAGGAUGAGUACCUAGUUAACAUGCAACAUACGGUAAUACCUUCCUGGUAUCAACGUGAAGGAUAUAUAAAGGCCAUGGCAGAUUUGAUUGAAAAGGAAUUGCAAAAGUUUGACUUUCCUGAGCAGGUAGUGAUAUUUUUUAGUGCACAUGGAGUCCCCCUUGCAUAUGUGGAAGAGGCUGGUGACCCGUACAAAGCAGAGAUGGAGGAAUGCGUGGAUCUGAUCAUGGAAGAAUUAGAAAAGAGAAGGAUACGAAAUAGCUACACCCUUGCUUAUCAGAGUAGAGUUGGACCUGUGGAGUGGUUAAAACCUUAUACAGAUGAGACAAUAAUAGAGCUUGGGCAAAAAGGAGUUAAAAGCUUGCUGGCUGUACCCAUCAGCUUUGUAAGUGAGCAUAUUGAAACUCUGGAAGAAAUUGACGUGGAAUAUAAAGAACUGGCUUUAAAAUCUGGGAUAGAAAAAUGGGGACGUGUUCCAGCAUUAGGAUGUGAGCCUACUUUCAUAUCCGAUUUGGCUGAUGCUGUGAUUGAGAGCCUUCCAUAUGUUGGGGCCAUGGCUGUCUCGAAUCUUGAAGCUCGGCAGCCUUUGGUUCCACUUGGUAGUGUGGAAGAGUUACUAGCAGCGUACGAUUCGCAACGUAGGCAGCUACCACCACCUGUAACUGUGUGGGAAUGGGGUUGGACGAAAAGCGCCGAAACCUGGAAUGGAAGAGCAGCAAUGCUGGCUGUACUUGUCUUGCUGGUCCUAGAAGUCACAACUGGAGAGGGAUUUCUUCACCAGUGGGGAAUUUUCCCCCUAUUUCACCAGUGAUCUCUCUCUCUCUCUCUUCCUCCCCAAAUUGUAGUAUGUGUAUAUUUAUUUUGUGAAAUAUAUGUUGCGCACCUUUUGGCAUCUUCCACCCACAUAGAAAGUUUUAGAUGCUAAUAUAUAAAUAUAUUCAUGCGAACGGGAAUUAAGUUGGGUGGUAGUCUUGUUCUUCAGUGUUAUCAUUUUGGACAGGAAUUUUGAUGGUACGUAGUAUAUGGUGGUAUACUACCCUGUGAGCAGAAUAAUAAAUAAGUGUAUACCCUGGUCCUUCAAUGCAUGUGUUGCCUAGUGAAAUUUGGUUGGGGCUAGAGAUAUUUCUCUUCCCCUGUUUUUCUAUCUUAUCAUAUUAAUAUACACACAACUUAUCAAUUGUAUUAACAUAGACACAAUUUUAAGUA